AUGUUUAUAUCGGAAGGAGACUCGUACGGAUCAAAUACUGAACUACAACAGCAAUCAUCUAGCAAACCACAGGAAGAGCUGCAUCCAAACCUUGUUCAAGAGGGCGGAGACACACUGCAGCACCACAGAACUACGGAAGAAGGAAAGAAACCAUCUAUUCAGAGCAUUCUAGAACAAUGGAAACAAUCGAACGCCAUUUUUGGACGUUUUAGUGGAGAAAAGAUGAGAUGCGACCCUGGAAACAUGUUUAUAUCGGAAGGAGACUCGUACGGAUCAAAUACUGAACUACAACAGCAAUCAUCUAGCACAGGAAGAGCUCUCAGCAACAGCAACAGCACGAACAAGCCACCAGACUGGUAG